AUGACCCACACCGGGCGGGCAGCAGGAGGCUCUGCACCAGUCAAAGACAGACCUUGGCCGGGCUUGGCGACCCCCGAGCUUGUGGGAGAUGGACAUGGCCAGCACCGCCUUCAGAAAGUGGGACUCCCAGGCCCUCCAGGCCCCCCAGGGCCGCCGGGGAAGCCCGGCCAGGACGGCAUUGACGGAGAAACUGGUCCUCCAGGUCUGCCUGGGCCCCCGGGACCGAAGGGGGCCCCAGGAAAGCCGGGGAAAUCAGGAGAGGCCGGGCUGCCCGGACUGCCGGGUGUGGACGGUCUGACUGGGCGAGAUGGACCCCCUGGACCCAAGGGUGCCCCUGGGGAACGGGGAAGUCUGGGACCCCCGGGGCCGCCCGGGCUGGGGGGCAAAGGCCUCCCUGGACCCCCCGGAGAGGCAGGAGUGAGCGGCCCCCCAGGUGGGAUCGGCCUCCGCGGCCCCCCGGGACCUUCUGGACUCCCCGGCCUCCCUGGCCCCCCAGGACCUCCCGGACCCCCUGCUUACUUUAGGGAUUCCUGUCGUUCCUCUAAUCCAGAGCCUUUUCUCCACUCCCAGGGUCCGGGAGGCACCGCAGGUCCUAAGGGAGACCAGGGCAUUGCAGGUUCCGACGGGCUUCCUGGCGAUAAAGGAGAACUGGGUCCCAGCGGCCCGGUCGGACCCAAGGGAGAGUCUGGCGGUCGAGGGGAGCUGGGCCCUAAAGGCAUCCAGGGUCCCAACGGCACCAGCGGCGUUCAGGGUGUCCCCGGGCCCCCCGGUCCUCUGGGCCUCCAGGGUGUCCAGGGUGUUCCUGGCAUCACGGGGAAGCCGGGCGUCCCGGGGAAGGAGGCCAGCGAGCAGCGCAUCAGGGAGCUGUGUGGGGGGCUGAUCAGCGAACAAAUUGCACAGUUAGCCACGCACCUGAGGAAGCCUUUGGCACCGGGCUCCAUUGGCCGGCCCGGUCCCGCUGGCCCCCCUGGACCCCCAGGACCCCCAGGCUCCAUUGGUCACCCUGGCGCUCGAGGACCCCCUGGAUACCGCGGUCCCACUGGGGAGCUGGGAGACCCCGGGCCCAGAGGAAACCAGGGUGACAGAGGAGACAAAGGCGUGGCAGGAGCAGGACUGGACGGGCCUGACGGAGACCAGGGGCCCCAAGGACCCCAAGGCGUGCCCGGCACCAGCAAGGAUGGCCAGGACGGUGCUCCCGGCGAGCCUGGGCCUCCCGGAGAUCCUGGGCUUCCAGGUGCCAUUGGGGCCCAGGGGACACCGGGGAUCUGCGACACCUCAGCCUGCCAAGGAGCCGUGUUAGGAGGGGUCGGGGAAAAAUCAGGCUCUAGAAGCUCAUAAAAUUCAACAUAAGGAAAUAAGCAAGUGACAAGAACGCCUGAAGCACAGCGGGGCGGUCAUGAAGGAGCAGGGGUGUGGCAGGCUGGCUGGCGACGUCCAGGAGAGUGAGCACCCCAGCUGCCCCUCGGCCGCCGACUGGACGCACAGGCCCUGCCAGCGAGCACCCUCAUCGGGCUGUCGCCUGACCGCAUACCUCAAAAGGCCCUAGCUAAUAAACAUGUAAGCCCAGCAUUGGAGAGAAGGUGGGGUGUUUGUAUAAAACAUUGUGUACAAUUCCAUGAGAUGAAAAAUAUUCAGUAACUUGUUUACAUAGCAUUUGUGUAGAGACUGUGAUCUCAUCCCAAUGAAAUGAUGUAUUAAAUCUUCA